AUGAAUUUGAAAAUCGACAAAGAGAUGGUCGUAGUGGUAGAUGUGGUGGUAAUAGUUGUGAUUGGUAAUAUUAACUUAAUAGAGUCGGAUUUGCGACGUUUCUUUAUAUUAGUGAUUUUGACUUCGGGAGAUGGUACACGUAUUCGGGAUAAUUAUAGAGAUAAUGGCGUUAGAUAUAUUUUCCCUAUCGGCAGUUACCUCGGACUGUCUCGCCCAUCAACAAAGGAUAAAUACAUUAUGUAG